CAAAACCAACUGCGUUAGAAUACCGAAAAACAUUUCGAGUGAAAAUUGCCACAUUUAUCGUGUUUAACAAUGAUCCUGAUGAUCACAUUGUUGGUCUUGCAAAGCUUCCCUGAGGUACAUCCUUAUAACAUUCUAAUGAUAGCCCCGAUAGAUUCCUUAAGCCACACCAGGAUGUUCGAGGAACUGGCUAAAGCUCUCGCUGUCAAAGGCCACCAGGUGGAUCUGCUGUCUCAUUUUCCUUUGGAGAACCUUAAUAUGGAAGGAAUAAGCCACAUUAACUUGGGAAGCUCAAACAUGUUUCUUAACAGCUUCUCAGUCAAAUUGCUUGGACGAAGCUUCAUUGAUAUUGUAGAUAAGAUGCUAUUCAAACCAGGUCAUCAACAAUGCCUCCUUCUCUACAACAACCCCCAGUUCGAAAAGCUUAAAAACGCCACAAAAAAAUACGAUUUAUUCAUAACCGAAUUCUUUACCUCGGAAUGCGUCUUACCGUGGGCGUGGCACUUUAAUAUCCCAAGCGUCCUGGUAAGUACGAGCUUACCCUUGCCCUGGAACAACGAGAGAUUCGGGGUACCGGAUAAUCCGUCGUACGUUCCCAAUUAUUAUGGGGAUUUUGGGGCGGAAAUGACGUUAUUCCAGAGGGCGCAGAACGUUUGGCAGUACGCAGUCGCACGUUACAAAUUUUGGCGUAGUAUGAACCAAGCAGACCAAGUAGCGCGUGCGUUCUUUGGCCCCCAAAUGCCCCCAUUAGAAGAAGUAGCCUACAACAGCAGUCUGCUCCUUAGCAACACUCACUUCAGCAUUCACGACGCCCGCCCUUUACCUCCUAACGUAAUCGAGAUCGGUGGGUUGCAUAUAAACCCCCCAAAGCCUUUGAGUAAGCACUUGGACAAGCUGUUGGACGGCAACCCGCAAGGCACCAUAUACUUUUCCAUUGGAUCGAUGUUUGCCGCUGAGACUUUUCCGGAUGAAACUCUUCAGGGUAUUUUAGACGCCUUUGCGCAGCUGCCUUAUGACGUCAUAUGGAGGGUAAACGUCGCCAACUUGAGUAAAAACCUUAAUUUCUCCAAAAAUGUCCAUUUGGAGAGUUGGGUGCCACAGCUGGACUUAUUAUGUGACCCUAGGGUGAAACUGUUCUUCUCCCACGGAGGUAUAAUGGGCAUGCAAGAGAGUAUUUAUUGCGGGGUACCCAUAUUGAAUUUCCCGAUAAUAGCGGAUCAAAGGCAUAAUAGCCGACAUGCUGAGUUAAUGGGUUUCGGCUUGGUACUCGAGGAUAUCAGUACAGCAUCGAUUCUGGAUGCUUGCGGUACGCUUUUGAAUGACUCCAAGUAUGCUGGGAAUGCUAAAAAGGCUUCCAGAGAGUUUCUGGAUAGACCCUUAUCGGCGGCAGAUACGGCAACGUUCUGGAUCGAGUACGUCAUAAGGAACCAGGGUGCACCGAAAAUGCAGAGUUAUGCCAAAAGACUUCGUUGGUAUCAGUAUUAUAUGCUGGAUUUACUCGUUUUAGUUGUAACAAGCUUAUGGGCUUUACUGUAUUUGUUGGUUUUAGGUGUGAGGUUUGUUUUGAACAGAAGACGUAACCAGAAGAAAAUAAAGCAAAACUAGUGUCGA